UAGUGGUAUAAUCGGUGUUAUCACUUAUAACAAGUGACAUUUAAAAAUAGAACAUCUAAACAAGCACUCGUCACUUCAUCCCAAUUAGUAUUUAUCAAUUUUUUGCGACUAGAAGGUGUAAAAAAUAAGUCUGUCAACCCAAUUUAACCAUGAGUACCAUGACCCGAGACCUCGACAUCAUCCUGUUCGGAGCCACCGGAUUCACAGGUAAACACGCCCUUCCUCUAAUCGCCAAAUUCGCGAAGGCCAAAAACCGCAACCUGACUUGGGGAGUCGCCGGCCGUAACGAGAACAAGCUAAAGGACUUCUUGGAGCAAUGCGAGAAGGACACUGGGACCCCGUUGAGCGACGUCCCGAUAAUCAUCGCCGACGUCCAAGACGACAAAAGCUUAACCGACAUGGCCCGAAAAGCCCGAAUCGUCGUAAACUGUUGUGGUCCUUAUCGCUUUUUCGGCGAACCUGUAGUCAAAGCGUGCGUCGAAGUAGGGACACAUCAUGUGGACAUCGCCGGAGAGCCCGAGUAUGCGGAGAGGAUGCAGUUGAAAUAUAACGACAAAGCUAGAGAGAAGGGGGUCUACAUUGUUAGUAGCUGCGGAUUUGAUAGCAUACCUGCAGAUUUAGGGCUUCUCUUCGUACAAAAGAAGUUUGACGGCACUUUGAACUCAGUUGUUAGCUAUUUGGAGUCGUGGCAGGAAGGACAGGACAUUCCGGGACCGGUGCUUAACUAUGGCACCUGGGAGUCAGCGGUUUAUGGGGCUGCAAACGCUGGACAGUUGAAAGCGCAACGAAGGCAACUUUUUCCGACGAAACUUCCGAGUUUUAAACCAAAAUUACAGCGCAAGGCCCGUCCUCAUAAAAACGACCAUGUGGAAGGCUGGGUGUUGCCUUUCCCUGGUGCUGAUCGCGCGGUCAUGGAACGAUCGCAGCGCCUCUUCUACGAGAAGGACCAAAAAAGGCCCGCUCAAAUCGAGACCUAUUUUAUUAUCAAGUCAUUCUGGAACGUCGUUUUGGUGGCCUUUUUCGGCUCGAUUUUCCAACUUUUGGCGAAGUUCAAGUGCGGAAGAAAUCUUUUAUUGAAAUAUCCCGAAAAAUUCAGCGCCGGAUUAUUCAGCCGGGAGUCUCCGAGUGAAGAAAAAAUCAAAAAUAUGCACUUCAGUGUGACUUUAUUUGGUGAGGGAUGGAAAGGGAAGCUUGUUGAUGGGAAUGAUCAGUACUCCACCCCUCCAGAUAAGCUUAUAAGCGUUAAAGUCAAAGGGAGCAAUCCUGGCUAUGGCGCCACUUGCGUGUCUUUGUUGCUGUCUGCUAUAACCAUCCUCACGGAACCUGAAAAAAUGCCCUCUGAAGGAGGAGUAUACCCACCGGGUUACGCUUUCGCUAAUACCACCCUUAUUGAACAACUAAAUGACAACGGACUCACGUUUGACGUACUUUUUGAGAAGGAUUUGUCGCAUUCUUAACAUUAACAUUUAUUGUACAUUUUAACCAUAUAAAAGGCCCAAUUCUGAAUCAAACCCGUUAAAAUUUAAAGGUUGUUAAAAAAUAAACAGCCAAUCAGAUUUACGGAUUUAACUCGUUACUAUGGAAAUUUGCAAUUUAACAUCCUUUAAAUUUAACAACUUUGAUUCAGAAUUGCCCCUAAUGUCAAAUAAAAUAUGUUUAGUUUUAUAUUUAAA